UACACUCCCCCAAAUAAAUUAUAUCAGCAAUAAUCUAGCAUGCCUUGGAGUUUUUUCACGAGCCGUUUCGCCCACUCACACUCUAGGACUCACACUCAUCAUGGACGAUUUCGGGAAAAGCAUUGUUUCGAAACUUUUCUAUUCGGCAUGGUUCAAGUUACAAAUCCUCAAUGCCGUCCCCUCCAGCACGGAUCAGUUGCUCGACGGGACGGGAAGCUACUCGAUAAGGCAGCUCCUAGAGCAAACGGUAGGCUGUUUGGAAACGAUGGACCGUUGUCUGUGGUAUCACGGCGAGGAAUCGUCAGGAAGUUCCAGUGGGGAGCUGCUGCAAACGAGUGACGAGUCCGGAGGUUCGAUGGAUACAUUCGAUCUGAAGCGAUACGAACGCUACUGUAAGGAGCAAAGGGUUCUUACCCGGCAGAUGAAUAAUCUGUUGAGGUUGCACGAGUUGACGCAUCUGGAUCAUGCGGAAGAAUACAGUCUAGAGGUUUCGAAAAACAUCCUCGUUCAACGGUGGGAAUCCGCUCGACUGGAACAACUGUCGAUCGAAUUGCAAGAUCGCUACCAAGCGCUGGAGCAAACCACACACAGCUCUGAGUACCACAUAAGAACCAAUCUCAAGGCCUGUAGACUGAUUGAGCAGUUCUACGGUUGGCAGCUGGAUAAGGUUCAACAUGAUAUCGACCAGUGGAUGGAACGGUUCGAUCGGGAGAAGGAUGACUUGGACGGUCGGUUUCAGAGAGCUAGGGCGAAGAAAAGGUACUGGGAAGCGCUGAAGGAGGAGGUACAGCUUCGUGAACAGGAAAUUGAACGUUUGCAACAGUUGGAGGACGAGCACCACAAGCGGAUCGAUUACCGGGAACUGUGCUGGAACAGUGCUAUCAGGAUUCAGGCCUGGUGGCGUGGGGUAAUCGUGAGAAAAGGUAUCAAACUGGGUGCUCGGAGGAAAACUCGACGAAAGAAGAAAACCAAAGGUAAGAAAAAUAAGAAAUCAAAAGUGGUAAGAAAAUCGAGAAAACGAUAAAUCAUUGGUUGGCAGAUGCAUGUUCGCUUUUCUGUGUUUUAGUAAUUCAUAUCCAGGUAAUAUCACUAAUUGGCCUAAUUAUCUUCGAAACAGAUUGGCAUCGCUCGAGAGAGGUGGUGGCGUCCGUAUAUCAAUCGCAAUGAACCAAUCUCUCUAAUGAAUAACAACCGAUGAAAGCUAUUCCGUGCGUUAAAUCAAUUAUCUAUCGAUUUUGAUUAUACGAUUGCGAUUGCAGUGUUGGACUAAUAGAGCUUUCGAUAAAGAUAGCUCCUCUUGAAAACCACCCCGAGUCAUGGCGGCGUUGGCGUUGAGAGAAGUAGGGUGCAAGGCAAGGGGAAAUAGACGUCGGUUAUGGUGCUGACAGGAUUGAAGUGCCUCUUGAGUCCUGUGAUUGGCUCUCGGUUAAAUUGGUAGGCUAGUAUUCUUGUUCGUUUUACUGUGCUACCCCCCGUCAGUGUUCUGAAUAAUUCCUGGCAUGAUGUGUGACCGGUGAAGUGAUGUGCAUCCAUUCAGUACUUGGUUUCAACAUUCUUUCGGUGAAGCCACAGGCUCAAAAUUGAACUGGAGAGGUGUUGACCUUCUCUGUAGUCCAUGGGAAUGGGUUGUGGUUGUGGGUUAUUACCUCUCCACUUGUUGACCUAUUUGGGAGGUGUCACCAAACGCCCACGAACAUGUGAGUUUUCUGCUGUAUGAAAUUCCAUUGUCCUCUGCUCUGUUAAAGGCCUUAGGCGUAAAUUAUUAUCAACGCGUGCGAUAGCAUUUCACUUCAGCUGAUGUUGGUUGGAAUCAUAGCAAAAGGAACGGAUGGCGAAAUUCUUGCAGAAAUAUUUCUAUUCAGUCGCUUUCGCACUUUGCGAAAUGGCGCGGUGGUGGUCAAAGAAUGGAGUGUUUUCUGCGAAAGAACAUUCUUCUCGAAUUCCAGUGUCGGAAGUUGAGAUAGACAUUACGUGAUGUCUUACUCCGAACGGUAAUCGAUGGAUCAACCGAUAGGAAAUGACGUAGUUUGG